CUAACAAGCCAAGUUUUUAUGGAAAAGCUCGGGUAGAAGGCCUGUCAGAAUUAUCGGCCGAGGAAAGAAGUGUCGUUGAGCUCGGACUUGGUACACUGAAACAGUACGAACAGAAUCCCGAGACAUGCUUUAAAUCUGCCGCCGACACACUACGACACGGAUGCAAAGAACCAAACAUCCCCGUUGAAGAUCAAAUACGAUUUGCAAUAAGACUAACUCUGUGUGAGAUUUCGAUUACCAAUCGUAAACAUCCAAUAGAGUGUGAAGACGACAGUGCAGUUACCGACUGUAUUAGCGUUCUUCAGGAUAAUGCGCAAUUAUGGACUUCUUAUUCAGGAUACUUUCGACAAGUCUUUAUGAUGUGUUUCGCUGUUCGGUAUCCUAUGGAGCGAGAGCUUCUCUCACAACUUCACAAGAAUAUUACCAUAUCACAAGUGAAAACGUACAAUAUGAUACGUUCUCAACAACAGGAAUUUAUUAAUUGGCGCAAAGAAGAAAUGCAUAAACUCGCAAAUAUGGAAACCUUCCAAGACCAGAUAGCCGUUAAAUUCUCAAAUAUCGAGAAUACAACAAUUAGUAUGACGGAUACCGUAAUGGGGCUUUAUUCAAAAUUAGCUUCUUCGAUGGAAUUAGCGUCCGAUACAUUAAAAAGUCAAACGGAAAUAGCGGAAAAUUUUAAUAUUAUUGAGGACAAUACAAACCAAAGUAUACUCAAUAUACAAGGAAAAUUGACAUUAUUAACAAAGGUCGUGGAUGUCCUAAUGGGCAGCAUGCGGAGGGUAGAUGAAGAGUUUUCAAAACUACAAGAGAUUGGUGUCCAGAAGAGUGAACAGUAUUUUGGAGAUGUUAAAAAUCAGAUGAAUAGGCUUUCCUCGGGUAUCGCGUAUUUUCAAUCUCAUGUACAAAAUGCAUACGAACAUAUCAACCAAUUAACAGACAGCUAUGAAUCAAAGAUGAGAGAAUAUAUGGCAUUUAUGGCAACCCAAAUCGAAAUUCAUCAUAAAGGCGUUGAAGAAACAUAUUCGAUUCUCGCCGACAUGUCAAAAGCAACAAAAUUCUCGCUUGAACGUCAACUACAACUAAACUCUAAUAUUGACAAGUUUCUGGCGUAUUAUGACAACUUUGUAUUAGAAUAUAGAAAGACAUUAAAUUCAAUCCAAAGUGAAUAUAUUUCCUUGAUACGUGCGUCUCAUACUGAGAUCCACGACCUUACCGAAGCAGUACGAGAAGCAAAGCAUAGUUAUGUUGAUUUGAUGAAGUUCAUCAAGCCUUUAUGGAGCGUUGCUAAUUGGUAUGAAAAUACUUCUAGUUAUGGAGUAGCCUAUGGAAUGCUUCUAUCAGUUUCUGUGACUGCUUGUCUCAGGGCGCUUGCAAAAAUAUUAAAGUGCAAUAUAUGGAUAACCGCAACGAUUUUUUUCAACUUUACACUUUACCCUGCACUUGCGCAAUACUGGGGUUGGCAUAUUGCAUCAAUAACUUUUCUCUUGACUAGUUUCGUUUUAUUUCUGCGCAUUAUAUUCUCUCGAAGAAGUGGUGCGAGCGGUGAUCCGGAUAUGGAAACAAGGUUUGUCAAUGCACUAAUUAAUGCUCUUAACGCUUCAAGCCCAGUGUUGAUUAUGAUAUAA